AUGACGCCAACCAAAAAGGGAAUGGUGGAAUACGAGAGUUUUAGGACUCCUGUAAAAGUAAAGCUUGCUGAUAACAGCACAUUACUUGCCUAUGGAAAAGGUAAAGUGGCUUUAUUUGCAUAUGAUGGAAUACAAAAGGUUAACGUAACCCUACAUGAUGUUUUGUUUGUUCCAAGGAUUCAAAACAAGUUAUUGUCUCUGCCAACAAUGACAGAAAAGGGGGCUGAAGUCCAGUUUAAAGGACAAUUUUGCAAGAUAACAAUUGAUGGCAAGUCAUAUACCAUUGGCAACAAAUAUGGAAAACUGUACAAACUUAACUUAGAACCAGUUCAGAAUUCUUGUUUUGGUUCAACAGUUGAUAAUCAUGAAGUAACCACAAUUUCUUACCAGUGGUAG